AUGGCCAUACAGAAAUCUCUCUCCCUUGCAUUUCUGCUCUUUUUGCUAGCCUUCCUUUCUUUCCAUGCGACAUCACCAUCACCCCCACUUUCAGAAGCAGAGGCUCUUUUGAAAUGGAAAGCCAGCCUCUCGCCAGCACAAGCUCUCCAUUCAUGGUUGUUUCCUGCUGCUAAUGCUAGCACCAACACAAUCUCUCCAUGCAAAUGGACUGGUAUCUCAUGCAACAGCCUUGCUGGUGUAAGAGAGAUAAGCCUACCUAGUGCAGGCUUGCAAGGUAAGCUCGAUAACUUGAGCUUCCCAUCAUUUCCAAAUCUCGUUCGUCUCAAUCUCAGUGGCAACACUCUCACUGGAACCAUCCCAGCUCAUAUUGGCACUCUUCACAAACUCACGUCCCUCGAUCUAUCUACAAAUAAUCUUUCUGGCAUUUUACCGAUUUCAAUGGCUAAUCUUAGUCGCAUUUCAGAGCUCGACAUCUCAUCAAAUGAAAUAAGAGGUGAACUAGCUCCAAUUUUCUUCACCAAUUGGACCAAACUCAUCUCCUUUCAGUUCCAAUACAAUCAAUUCACUGGAAACAUUCCAUCUGAAAUCAGGCUGCUUACAAAUCUCCAAAUCUUGAACCUCGGGGGAAAUAAAAUGAAUGGAUCAAUACCACUGGAAAUAGGGAAUCUAGUGAAUUUGAAUGAGCUAGACUUGUCCAUUAAUCAUCUAGAUGGUUCAAUCCCUUCCACUUUAGGGAACUUGUCCACGCUCACAAAUUUGAAUUUACAAGAAAAUCAGAUUUCAGGCAUAAUUCCUGCAGAAUUAGGGAAUCUCAAGAAAUUGGUUGGGAUGUUGUUGUUCCAAAACAAUCUGACUGGUCCAAUCCCUCCUGCUUUGGGUAAUUUGAGCAUGCUCACAUAUUUGUAUUUACUGAAAAAUCAGAUUUCAGGCACAAUUCCUGCAGAAUUAGGGAAUCUCAAGAAUUUGGUUGAGACAUCUUUGAGCAGUAACAAUCUAAGUGGUCCAAUCCCUCCUGCUUUAGGUAAUUUGAGAAAUCUUGCGCUAUUGCUCCUCUACAGCAAUCAAAUUUCUGGUUCAAUUCCUCCACAAGUUGGGAAUUCAAUGAAUCUCCGCAUUCUUGAUCUGUCCAAUAACCUUCUAACAGGUUCUAUCCCUUCCACUUUAGGGAACUUGACUAAGCUGACCAUGUUUCAACUUGUUGAGAAUCAAAUUUCUGGUUCUAUUCCUCCAGAACUCGGGAAUUUAACGAGUCUCAAUAUUCUAGGAUUGUACCAAAACAAUCUGACUGGUCCAAUCCCUCCUUCUUUAGGGAACUUGACAAAGCUGACACUCCUCUACCUCCAUGCAAAUCAAAUUUCAGGUUCUAUUCCUCCAGAACUCGGAAAUUUAAUGAAUCUAAAUGAGCUAGCAUUGUAUAAUAACAAUCUGACUGGUCCAGUCCCUCCUGCUUUGGGUAAUUUGAGCAACCUUGCAAAUUUGUUACUCCAAGACAACCAAGUUUCUGGUUCAAUUCCACUGGAAAUAUGGAAACUGGUUAAUCUAGAAAACCUUGACAUGUCCAUUAAUCUUCUAACAGUUGGCAACCAUUUCACCGGGGAAAUCCCGAGAAGCUUCAGAAACUGCACUAGCUUAACAAGAGUGCGACUCAAUGCAAACCGACUCGCUGCAAAUGUAUUAGAAGCCUUUGGUGUAUAUCCACAUCUCACAUUCAUGGACAUCAGCGACAACAUGUUGUUUGGUGAAUUCUCACCAAACUGGGGGGAAUGCAAAAACUUGACAAUGCUGCGAUUCUCCGGGAACAUGAUCACCAGUAGAAUUCCUCCUGAGAUUGGGCAGUUGCGGCAGCUAAGAGUGCUUGGUCUUUCUUCGAACCAACUCAUAGGCAAGAUUCCGAAGGAAUUUGAGACACUGACUUCUUUGUUCAACUUGACUUUAAAUGAUAACUGA